AUACUAUUAAUUGUGUCUUACACUUAUUGUCAGAAUCAUCUUGUAAUAGUCUAUUCUAAAUUCUAUUGUCUAACGUAAAUAUUAAGUAUUAUUAAUCGUAGAUCGUGAACGACGGACGUCAUAUUUCAUCAUUAUUGUUGUUUUGUUCUCCGCUAUUUUUUCCUUUUUUUCUUUUCUGAAAAGUAUUUUGAGUAUCGAAAUCAUUAUUUAAACAUAAAUAAAUAUAUAUUAUUAUUUAUAACAUAUCCGUUUGGCGUUUUUGUUGUUUGAAAUUAUCGUCCAGCCGCUGUACAAUUUAUAUUAUAUUAUUAAUAUUGAUGUUACUUUAAUACGUCAUAAAUAUUACGUAUAAUUAUCUGUCGUCAAUCACCGUGAGCUCCUCGCUACGUCACGUCGGACAUAGUCGUUCACGAUGGCUGGACUAAAAGUUUGAUGAGUUUGGCUUUUGCUGGUUCCAUUGGUAUGACAUUAGUCAUAUUAGCAUGUGCGUUGCCGGAUUUAAAUUCUUGGUGGCCAUUCAUAGUAGUGGUAUUUUAUUUGCUGGCACCAUUACCGACUAUGUUAAUGAAACGCUUCAAUGAUUACUCAGGAUCUGGUAAUGCUAAUAUGGACUUAGCUGUAUUUAUUACAAUGGGUAUAGUAGUGUCUUCAUUUGCAUUACCUAUUAUAAUGGCUAGAGUCAAUGCUAUUGCAUGGACAGCCUGUAAUUUUACAUUGUGUGGGAACAUAGUUGUGUAUUUGACGUUUAUAGGAUUUUUUUUAACUUUAUAUCAAGAAGACACUGAUUAUAGUUUAUGGUAAUUUAUUAAAUAAUUUUUAUAUGUUCAUAUGCUUAUUCCUUAUUUUAAAUUAAUAUGUUAUAUUAAAUAAUAUAUAGUCAGUAUCCUGAAAACAGGUAUACCUUUUUAGUUUAUGUAUGAUUUUAUUUCUUUU